AUGAUUUCUCAUCAAAGCCAUUUGUGCGAGGCCAUGGAUAUGUCUUGUGGUACGGGUAAUUGCGACGAAUGUCAAAUGAAAUAUUACAAACUCAAUUCGACAGAUUGCAGAGAUUUACCAUUUACACAAGAAUCGAAUGCUCAAGAUGAAAACCUUGGAACGGUUUACAUUGAAUCUUACUUGAAUAAUUUUUUAUCAUACAAACAAACCGGAUUCAAUCUAUCCUUCCCGGACAUCAAAUGGAAAAAAAUGAAAUACAGAUUCAAACAAGAGGGUAACGACAUGAAAAACACAUGCAGGGAAUUUCAACUGUCUGAAAAUUCAACUGUUAAAAAUAUUUUUUACGAUUGCCUUUGGUCAAACGAAACAUACGAGGGUAAAACGUUUAGUUUCGAAUAUGAAGCUAGGAAAAAUGAUGAUGUAGUGUAUAAGAAAUUUCUACUCAAAGUCCCGCUGGCUAAAAACAUUGAUGAAACAACAGAUUUGUCACAUUGGGAAAUUUUCAUGUACACUGAAGUCAAUAAAAGUCUAUUCGGACCCACAACGUUUUCCCUGCAUUGGCAACCUCUCCCGAAACGAUUUUCAGUGAACGCAUACAAUGUGUCUGUGUUUUCAAACAAAUCAGGUUUCAUGGAAAUUAUAUUUUCUACCAACAUAACCUGUUACAGUACAAAAGACUGUAAAUACAUUUAUGAAAAAUGGUAUGGAAAUAUACAAUUCGGUGUUCAACCCAUGUGGUGUAACGGCUGUGAAUGUACAAUGACUAAAACAAAUACUUUUCAAUUGGGGGGUGAAAGUUCGCAACCUUUACUCAUUGGAAUUGUCUCAAUCACACUACUUAUUCCCGCUUUCAUUUACCUUUUGUUUCUCCUGAGAAAUUAUUUCAUAAUCAAAGCGAAAAAAUGGAUGUACCCUGUUCCCAAAUUACUAGUUAUAUUCACGCCGUCCAUUAGUUCUCAUGCCAAUGUCGUUUUGGCAUUGGUCGAAUAUUUAAAAACAUAUUGCAACAUAGAACCAUUGGUUGAUGAAUUACACAUAUUUCAUUCUAAAUCAAGGGAUCCUUUUAGGUGGUGCAACGAAGCAUUCCAAACCGCGAAUUACGUCAUGGUCGUUGCUUCGCCAUAUCAUAAAACUCUCAGAGUGACGGAUUCCGUUUAUCAAAACACGGACGUUCUCCUAUUGCGUUUGCUACGUGAAAAACUCGCGUCCAAAGUGAAAAAAAUUAAUUUUUUCGUUUUGAUGCUUCCGUAUUGUUCGGAGGAGGACAUUCCGAAAGAGGCCGUCAAUUUGAAAAGGUAUUCGUUUCCGAAAGACAUAAACAAAAUGUUGAAAUUCAUACACAAGGACAAAUCCUCUCUCUCCUGUUUCAAUCCGAACGUGAAGGGAGGGAAAAACUUUUAUAAAUUAUUCGGUUCGAAGUUGAAAAAUUCAAUUGCGGAAGCUCAAAUUUCUCUAACGAAAAAUAAAUCCGAAUAUGAUAAAAUGGUGUCGAAAACGGAAACGAAAGCGGAGACGAAAACGAAAAGGGAAAAGAAUCGCGAACCGAACGAAACUCCAUUGAAACCUUCUUCCCCUUCUUCCUCUUCUUCCUCUUCUUCUUCUUCCUCUUCUUCUUCUUCCUCUUCUUCUUCUUCCUCUUCUUCUUCCUCUUCUUCGAGUCCUUCGAAUUUGGAACGAAUGACGACGAAAAUAAUUUUCGAUUGCGGUGUUGGUAAUAAUAAUAAAACGAAAGAGAAAAAAAAUGUUUUAGAAUUAGCAGAAGAAAUAUUUAGCGAAUUUCCCGGACGAUUGGACAAUUUGAAUUUAUCAGGGAGCGGAGGGGGAGGGGGAAGAGGUGGAGGAGGGCGUGGAGAAGAAGAAAUGGAAAGUCUUAUGAAAAAUGAUGAUAAAUGGUUUGUUGAUAACGAACCCGUCAAUUUGGAUUCGUUAGACCUAUGA